AUGGGCAAGAUGGACAACACCUCUGUGGAGCUGAGCUCUCCCUCUGAGGUGAAGCAGGCAGCCCUGGAGGAGCCAGAGCCCAUCAGCCCUGAGGUUGUGAGCACCAAGAAGAAGAAGAAGGAGAUCCCAGACAGAGGUUCCUGGAAGGGAAAAUUUGACUUCUUGCUGUCCUGUGUGGGCUAUGCUAUUGGUCUGGGCAACGUCUGGCGCUUCCCUUAUCUCUGUGGCAAAAAUGGAGGAGGGGCCUUCCUCAUCCCCUAUUUCCUGACGCUAGUGUUUGCUGGGAUUCCUCUCUUCCUGCUGGAAACUGCUCUGGGCCAGUAUACCUCUGUUGGUGGACUAGGAGUCUGGAGAUUAGCACCCAUGUUCAAAGGCGUUGGACUGGCAGCUAUGGUUCUGUCCUUCUGGCUGAACAUCUACUACAUUGUCAUCAUUGCCUGGGCUCUCUACUAUCUCUUCAACUCCUUCACUGCGGACCUGCCGUGGCAGACCUGUGGGAACGCCUGGAACACAGACCGCUGCUUCUCCAACUACUCCCUGAACGACACCACCAACUUCACCAGCGCUGUCACCGAGUUCUGGGAGAGGAAUAUGCAUCAGAUGUCCGGAGGCCUGGGGGAGCCUGGCAGCGUCCGCUGGCCCCUGGCUGGCACGCUGGCCCUGGCCUGGCUGCUGGUCUACUUCUCCAUCUGGAAGGGUGUGGAGUGGACAGGCAAGGUGGUGUAUUUCUCAGCCACCUACCCCUACUUCAUGCUUUUCAUCCUAUUGUUCCGGGGAGUCACACUGCCAGGAGCCAAGGAGGGGAUCCUUUUCUACCUCACACCUGACUUCAGGAAGCUCUCUGACUCUGAGGUCUGGAUGGACGCAGCCACGCAGAUCUUCUUCUCCUACGGCCUGGGGCUGGGCUCCCUCAUUGCUCUGGGCAGCUACAACACUUUCCACAACAAUGUCUACAGAGACUCCAUUAUUGUCUGUUGUAUAAACUCCACCACAAGCAUAUUUGCAGGAUUUGUUAUUUUCUCUAUCAUUGGCUUCAUGUCACACAUCACAAAGAAGUCGGUGUCAGAGCUGGCCUCCUCAGGGCCUGGACUGGCUUUCCUCGCCUACCCGCAGGUUGUCACACAGUUGCCCUUGUCCCCACUCUGGUCAAUCCUCUUCUUCUCCAUGCUGAUGAUGCUGGGUCUGGACAGUCAGUUCUGCACUGUGGAAGGGUUCAUUACAGCCCUGAUGGAUGAGUAUCCUCAAGUCCUAAGAGCCAGGAAGAAGAUCUUCAUCGCAGUAGUCUGCUUCAUCUCUUAUCUCAUUGGAUUCUCCAACAUCACCCAGGUACAGAUGGGUGGCAUUUAUGUCUUCAAGCUGUUUGAUUACUACUCAGCCAGUGGCAUGUGUCUUCUUUUUCUUGUCUUCUUUGAGACCAUCUCAAUUUCUUGGUGUUAUGGUGUGAACAGGUUUUACAGGAACAUUGAAGAAAUGAUUGGCUACAAGCCUUGCAUUUGGUGGAAGAUCUGCUGGGCCUUCUUCACACCUCUUGUCUGCCUGGGUGUGUUCUUCUUUAGUGUGGUGGAAAUGACCCCUCUGACACUGGGAAAAUACGUCUAUCCUGUGUGGGGACAAGGCAUCGGUUGGCUCAUGGCCCUGUCCUCCAUGUUUCUGAUUCCAGGGUACAUGCUCUACUCUUUCUUCACCUCAACAGGAACUCUCCGGCAGCGUUUGCAGCAGAUGACGCAGCCCAGGCCAGAGGUGCACGCUCAGGACAAUGGUCUCCAGCCGAAGACGUCCUUGAAUGGGAGGAUCUCAGAUGAUGCCGUGUAGGAGGAAAGACCAAAUUCCUCGCUCUGCCCUGUAGUUGCUCACUCCACAUUGUCCCUCGAGCUCCUCUGGCACAGCUUGCUGUCCCUGGCUCUGCAGUGGCUUUCGUUUGUCCAAGAGAGGACCUGGUGGAGGAACCUGUUCGUGGCUCUUCCUCCUGGCAUAGCUGACCAAGGCCCUGAACAAGCUGCCACCAGGGCAUUGUGUGGUGAUCACCUUCAUCCUUCAACAUCCUGGUCCAGGCUCUCAGGGGGGAGCAGCUGGUACCCACAUCUUCCUCCUCCUGAAGAGAAGUGGUGUCUCUAGAGAGCUUAGACUGAUUGUUAUCCAUUUCUCUGUUUUUCUUGCCUUUCCAUGUGAAACUCCACAGAGCAUCCCCCAGCACACAGCUGUGUUUCACCCCAGAGAUUGCUAUCACUAGGUUCAAAUCCCAGAUGACUGUUGAUUGAUGGAGCAUAAACCACCAGCAAAUACAUAACUGGAGGGGAUAUGCAGAACAAAGGGUUCUAGUACAGAACAAGGGAUUCUAGGGAGAAGUCCUGCCUGUUGGUAGCUGUAGGACAUCACCCAACACCUGGAGAAGGGCUUGGGCACAGUGUGUGCUGCUCACAGUGCCAUGUUUCAUCUCUGCACGGUCUCCAGGCAUGUUUGCUGCAUCCAUUGGGGCUGGCACUGUGAGCCAGAGCCCAGUGGAGCAGUCAACCUUUCUUUCCUGGAGCAUCCUACCCUCUGUAGCAGUGUGCAGUAACCACGGCCUGACCCUAAAAAGCAGCUAAAAGGGUAAAUGGAGGGCUCUUUGCUACAGACUGUUCAAGUCUCCCACACUGACAACAACAAGCUUUGUGCAGAGGCAAGGCUGUGUGAUAAAGAGAUUUUCCAGCACUGUGAAAAUCUCCACCCAAGAUAAAACAUGGUAGUUCCUGCCAAGCACCCUCCCUGGUUGUGUCCCUGCAUGGGAAACAAUCAGAUGGAUCAUGAUGGCCAUGGGUGGUUCAGUUUAUACUUUUUUAGGAACUGGCCACUCCUAAAUCCCAGCUGGUGGAAGGCAAGAAUUCCUGAGGCAGUUGGCAGGAUGUAGCCACCGUGCUUAAACCCACCCCUGUGAAACUGCUGACUUCCCUUGGGAUGUGUCUGUUCAGACAGAUUGGUCACUGGCACAUCCCAGCUCCCAACACAUAAACCACAGAGGGCUGUGAGCUCUUGUAGAUGGUGCUGGAGGAGUGUAACACCUUGGAAAAGGCUAAGAAAUGUUUCAAAUCCAUCCUUAAACAGCAGCAUAUUUCUUGGUAGGAAAGCUUUGUGGAAGGAGGUGGCUGAUCAUAGUGCCAUGUGUAGGUGUGAUAGUGAUGCUCCCAGUUGUGCCAGCCUCCCAGUGACCCCACACAGAGAUAUCCUUGUACACAGAGUGUUUGAUGAGCACACCUACUGUGACUUAGUGCUGAUUAGGCUCUCCCUUCCCCUGGCACAGCAUUGCCAGGUCUGCUGACACUCCCAGCUCUAGAUCAGAAUCAACAAACUCAUAAAUGAGCAUUCAAGAAAAAAUACAUCCCACCCAUCUUUCCUACCAAAGAGUCUGGUCUCAGAAGUGACACACUGCAGUCCCCAGGCAUCCUACUGCAGGUGACAGGUGAGUGAUGAGCCUUAGCACAAUUCUCUUGCUCUCCAAUAGUAGUUUCUGCAGGUUGGCCCUGUGCUGCUUGUCCCUGUGACUCACCAGAGCGUGGGGCCAACCCACUCUUCUGCCAGUCUUCCAGCCUAUGGAUCAUUUAGAGAAGGAAGAAAGUUUUCUGGUGAAAGCUAAAGUCAGACCCCUUUGGGAGUGGGUCGCCUGCCAACUCAUCGGUGCAUCUUCAAUUACUAUUGCUUCAGAUGUGUAACCAAUCUAUAUUUGUAUGUGUGAUUCUCAACAGUCAUGGCUGCUGGGCAUUACGUGCAUGUUUUGUGGUCUCCAACACCCUGAGCUUAGAUCACACCCUGUUCCACUGUAAUUGUUAUGGUGUUUGUGUCAAAAAAUUUGCAGCUGUUAAAUAGACAUGAGGAAAUGCUGAGUUUAUAGGCUUAGUCUUGUAAACCCAAAAGCCAAACACUGAAAGCUGCAAUCAUAGCUCAUCACUAUUAAUUGCAGACAGUUACAGACA